GCAUCGCAGCACUCGCGCGCCGUUGCCUAACCUGCACAUUUCCCGCCAAAUCAAAAUAAAAAAAUUGUGACGUAACUAACAAUAAUCUCGUGCUGUGUGUAUGUGUGUGUGAAAUCAUGAGUUUGAUCGUAUGAUUAAUAUUGUUAUAGUUUAAUUUUGUGAUCAACAUUAAAAAUGACUGCCGGAAACGAAGAACAAGAGCCCCUAAUAUCAACUUCGGUUGAUAAUCAGCGCGUAACAUACAACAACUCCCCACAGGAUGGUCAAACGCCAAAUGACUCGCCACGAUCAAGUGUCGGUGAAGUCACUGUGGCCAUACCUCAAAAUCGCAACUACGGAGCCAUCGGAGGUAUUGAAAAAGUUACUUACACGUGGGCCGAUGUCAACGCUUUCGCCACAGAGUCCAGAUCGAGAGGAAGAAGGUUCUGGAGCUUUUGGAAAAAUUCUUCGGAUCGCAUGUUCCAGCAAAGAAAGCAGUUGCUUAGAAAUGUAAACGGAGCGGCCUAUCCUGGUGAACUGCUGGCCAUCAUGGGAUCGUCGGGAGCCGGAAAGACCACACUCCUCAAUACGCUUACGUUCAGAACGCCCGGUGGUGUUGUCGCCACUGGUACCAGGGCGUUGAAUGGGCAACCGGCCACUCCUGACGCUUUGACAGCGCUGUCGGCUUAUGUCCAGCAACAGGAUCUGUUCAUAGGCACUUUGACCGUGCGAGAGCAUUUGGUAUUUCAGGCGAUGGUGAGAAUGGAUCGCCACAUACCAUACGCUCAGAGAAUGAAGAGAGUUCAAGAAGUUAUUCAAGAGUUGGCGCUGUCGAAAUGCCAGAACACAGUGAUCGGUAUACCCGGUCGACUGAAGGGCAUAUCGGGGGGUGAGAUGAAGCGGCUUUCCUUCGCCAGUGAAGUCCUCACGGAUCCUCCUCUCAUGUUCUGCGACGAACCCACCUCUGGGCUUGAUUCAUUUAUGGCCCAAAACGUUAUACAGGUACUGAAAGGCUUGGCACAGAAGGGCAAGACCGUGGUCUGCACAAUUCACCAGCCCUCUUCAGAGCUUUACGCUAUGUUUGACAAGCUCCUCAUAAUGGCUGACGGAAGAGUUGCUUUCUUAGGAUCAUCUGAUGAAGCUUUCCAGUUCUUCAAAGAGCUGGGCGCCGCGUGUCCCGCUAACUACAACCCGGCUGACCACUUCAUCCAACUCCUCGCCGGAGUACCUGGAAGAGAGGAGGUCACGAGGCACACCAUAGAUACAGUUUGCACGGCCUUCGCCAAAUCCGAGAUCGGGUGUAGGAUAGCUGCGGAAGCUGAAAAUGCGCUCUAUAAUGAACGUAAGAUACAGGCCGGGCUAGCGGACGCGCCGUGGGCCAUGUCGUCGACGACGCGAGCCCGCCGCUCCCCGUACAAGGCGUCGUGGUGCACGCAGUUCCGGGCCGUGCUGUGGCGCUCCUGGCUCUCCGUCACCAAGGAGCCGAUGCUCAUCAAAGUUCGCUUCCUACAGACCAUUAUGGUGUCGAUACUGAUAGGCGUCAUAUACUUCGGCCAGAACUUGGACCAGGACGGGGUGAUGAACAUCAACGGGGCGAUCUUCAUGUUCCUAACGAACAUGACGUUCCAGAACAUAUUCGCUGUUAUUAACGUAUUCUGCUCUGAACUACCAAUCUUCAUCAGAGAGCACCACUCGGGAAUGUAUCGAGCCGACGUCUAUUUCUUAUCGAAGACGUUAGCCGAAGCUCCCGUUUUCGCCACUAUACCAUUAGUCUUCACAACUAUAGCUUAUUACAUGAUCGGAUUGAACCCAGAUCCGAAGAGGUUCUUCAUCGCUUCAGGAUUGGCUGCUCUGGUUACGAACGUCGCUACUUCGUUCGGUUAUUUAAUAUCCUGUGCCAGCAGCAGCGUCAGUAUGGCAGCCUCCGUUGGUCCUCCAAUCAUCAUCCCCUUUAUGCUAUUUGGUGGAUUCUUCUUGAAUUCUGGGUCCGUCCCACCGUACUUAAGUUGGAUAUCGUAUCUAUCCUGGUUCCACUACGGCAACGAAGCGCUUCUCAUCAACCAGUGGGCCGGCGUGGAGACUAUCGCCUGCACAAGGGAGAACUUCACCUGUCCAGCUUCGGGACAGGUCGUACUGGAGACGCUUAGCUUUUCACAGGACGAUUUCGCGAUGGACGUGGUGAACAUGAUCUUGUUAUUCGUCGGCUUCAGAUUUCUGGCGUACCUCGCCCUGCUGUGGAGGACGCGCAGGGCCAAGUGACCCCCCAAACGUCCAGGGCCCCCCAGUCCCCCCGGUCCCCCCAACCCCCCCGUCCCUUCCUAACACCCAACUACGAACAAAUCAUCAAUCGUAUUCCGAUAUCUUUUUACCUGUAUUUGUUUUUUGAGAAUAAAUUUAUUGGAAAUUUUAUUUAGA